AUGGGCUACACACCCAGCGCAUGGAAACUGGCCAGGGUAGUGUUCAUCCCAAAGGCGGGAAGAACGAGCUACACCAAGGCAAAGGACUUCAGGCCAAUUAGCCUAACAUCGUUUCUCCUUAAGACAUUGGAGAAGCUGACGGUAGCGUUUAUUGAGGAGCAGCUGGAAAGGAAGGGCUACACAGUGGGUGCUUUCUUGGACAUAGAGGGCGCCUUUAACAACACACCGCACGAGGUAGUGUGUGAGGAAGCCGCCAGAAGAGGUGUCCCGAUGAAGCUCGUCGAGUGGAUCCGGGGCAUGCUAGGAAGGCGUGUGAUGACUUCGCUGGGAACUGCGAAGGUUUGUGGUUGGUUGGGAAGAGGCUGCCCGCGGGGCGGAGUACUUUCCCCACUUUUAUGGUGCCUGGUAGCAGACGGAUUAUUAAAGGCACUGAACGAUAGAGGCUUCACUGCACAAGGCUACGCGGAUGACGUGGCAAUACUUGUGCGAGGCCCCUUUCUAGAGACGCUUCUAGAGCUCAUACAGGGGGCACUGGAAGUCGUAGAGGAGUGGUGUCAGAGGACGGGUUUAGCGGUGGACACCAUUGUGGGACCCAUUCUUGGAGGAGUAAGGUUAGUUCCGACCGAAUCAGUGAAAUAUCUGGGAGUUAUCUUGGAUAGGAAACUGCUUUGGGAGGAGCACCUUCGUAGCCGGUGCAAAAGCUUGUGCCAGUAUUUUUCCGUAGUAUGGUGGACUAGGGUGCGAAAGAAAACAGUCAAAGUUGCGCUGGAGCAUGUCAGGGCUCUGAUUUUGAGAGGGGCCCUGGGUGCUAUGGUUACAACACCAGUGGCGGCGAUGGGCGUAAUGUUCGGCAUCGAGCCAUUUCACCAGGUAGUGGUGGCUGCUGCAGCAAUGGCGGCAUACCGUCUGAGAUGCGAACUAAAAUGGAAGAAGGGAGCCUGGCAUACGAGGCUGCCAGAAGACGUUCUGUUGGAUCCGAUAUUCGAGAUGCGACAGGACAGAAUACCUAUUAUUCGGGCUUCUGAUAAGCGCUUUAAAGUGCAUAUACCGAGGCCGAAGGAGUGGAAAAGGAGGGAAAAAGAAGGUGGAAACUUAGGGGCUCGAGUGCGUGGAGGGGAUGUCUGGUAUACGAACGGCUCCAAGACGGACACGGGCUCCGGAGCCGGCUUCUUUGGCAAUCGAGAGGGAUGGAAGGAGAGCAUUUCUCUCGACAGUUAUGCCACGGUAUUGCAAGCGGAGAUUGUGGCUAUCCUAAGCUGUGCUCAGACAGUGCGGAGUAGGGAAGAAGCGGGAGAGCACAUCAGGAUUUGUACGGACAGCCAGGCGGCCAUCAAGGCGCUGGGGGCUCCGACAAUAACAUCGCGGUUGGUUCAGGAGUGCAGAGGCGUUCUGGACGAAUUGGCGAAAGAAAGAGAAGUCAUUGUACCUGGGUGCCUGGUCACUCAGGCAUCCAGGGUAAUGAAUGUGCGGACCAGCUGGGAACUGGCUUGGAGCAUAAGGGCUCUGAGUAAGAGAGAUGCCAGGUUAGCGGUACAGAUACUGACGGGUCAUGGCACCUUAAACUACCACAUGUACAAACUUGGGCGUAGCGAUACAUCCAGGUGCAGGGCAUGUGGAGACGACGAGGAAACAAGCCUUCAUGUACUCAGCGACUGUCCUGCACAUGCAGGGCUGAGACACAAGAUGCUGGGCUCAGCACUACUUGGGCCCGAGCAGAUCAGGGAGCUGCCGACACCUUUUAAGUAUAUGCAUCUGGUGUGUUUGGGCGUCAUGAAAAAAAUUUUAUCUGCAUGGAUAUAUGGAAAAUACUCACGUUUGUCAAAACUAUCAGGAAGAUUAAUUUCUAUUAUGUGUGCAAGACUUAAUAAUCUUAAAGAAUAUUGUCCGUCAGAUUUUGCAAGACGCCCUAGAUCUCUCGAAACGUGUUCUAAAUAUAAAGCGACAGAAUUUCGUCAAUUUUUGCUUUAUACAGGACCAGUUGUAAUGUAUGGUGUAUUGGACGAGAGAUUGUACAAGCACUUUUUAUUCUCACAUGUGGCAAUAAGAAUCUUAGUUUCCAAUUCAUCAUCAAGACAAUACUUGAAUUUUGCAGAGCUUGCGCUACAAAAGUUUGUUCGAAGUGAUUCUUUUUAUGGUCCAACCUUCAAUACUUAUAAUAUCCAUGGCUUGCUUCAUCUUACCAACGACGUGAGACGUUUUGACACUUUAGAUUCGUUUUCUGCAUUUUCUUAUAAAAAUAACAUGUCCAUUUUUAGAAAAUAUUCCGAUAAAACCACGACGUGUAGUUUACAACCUACCCGAGGAAAAAGGCAUCAGGACGCUCCUGGACGAGCACAGCAGCUAACGAAGGAAAAGGACAGCAACAACGAGACUCCGUGGACGGCCAGCACGAAAAAAGGUCAACCUUCAUCAUCAUCUCAUCUACGUCAUCAUCAUCAAUUCAUCUAUAUCUACCAGCGGCCCACAGAGUCUAAGAAACGCAGAAACACGCAGCAGCGGACCUCGCCCGGCUGCAGACGCUCCCGGGGACCCCGAAGAUGCUGCCACCCGGAAGGACCGGAGUAUGGGCCCCGGCCAGCCCUAACCAGUCUCGUUCCGGGAACAUCGACUCAUCGACACGAAUUAACCGGACCGAAAGUAUUUGGAAGGAAACCACAGAGAGCGGAGGGGGGCGCCCUGGAUGAACUGUGGGCGGUUCUCAGGGGCCCCCCUUUUCGGAAAAUCGGCAGGAUGCGCAGGAAGGCGACGCGGACUUGGAGAGGACCUACGUGCAGAGCUGAGAAGAGCCACUGUUCGGUGUGCCGCAAGUGCGCGAAGACGACAUCGAGGACUCAGCCCGACGACGCCGAAGACGCCGAAGACGUCCACUCAUUGUAA